UCAUUCAUAGACACAUUGUAUUCACAGGACAUACUAUGAAGAAUAUUUUUACAAUCUAUUUUUAAUCUUACGCGCAAUUUUUUUCUCCGAAAUAGGCCCUAGGCCCUAGCACCUAUUUAGAAAUAUUGCUAAAAUGUACUAACUACGAUGCUCAAGUUAACAGGUGUUUAGCGUAUUGAGGGUAGUCGGAAAACAUACACAAAAACUACUGUUGGUGAUGGUGCCACCACGCACUGACCUCUAUAUUUUAUUUCAAAGUAUAAAAUUAUUAGAUCGGUCUUAGUGCGUCUCCGGAAAUAUAUAUGUUUUCAAUCACCUAAAAUGAGAUUAAAUCCACGUAUUCUAUCGUCAGUGGCAGCGUUUGCAAUAACUUGUGUUGUGUACGCCGCGGCUUAUUAUUACAAGAGUCGGAAUACUGCAAUAAACGAAGUCAUGGUAUUUUGUAAACUGCAAUAUAAUGCACACAACUGUUUUGAUAAAUUAAUGAGUUACGUAGAAUCAGCUAAAUCAAACGUUAACGUGUGCAUGCCUGGUAUCCACAACGCGGCAAUUCAGGGACGAUUGAUUAAUAUAUUAAAGAAGAAAAAUAUCACAAUUCGCAUCAUAGUCGACCAGCAUAGAUGCAACGAGUCGAACGAGUUCUUUAUAAAGGAACUUAAGGAAGCGGGAGCUGAAAUAAAAUACAAAAUCACAGAGCCAUUCAAGAUGCAACACAAAUUCUGUUUAGUUGACGAUCGAGUUCUGAUGACAGGCACACUAAACUGGGGCAACGAUCGUUCCUCAGACCACUGGAACUAUGUUUACAUCACCAACAAAUCUCAAUUAGUAGAUCCAAUUAAAAAAGAAUUUUAUCAAAUGUGGGAUGAAUGUUUGCGCGAUUUAGGGCAUGUAAAUGACAAAGACAACGAAAAUGUACUGUGCGAUACAGAAAAUAACGAAAAUAUAGAGGACCAAACGAAAUCGGAAACGAUUCUUCGCGAUACUGGCACGCCUGAGGUCUAUAUCAUGUAAAUCAUGUAAAUUGUAAUAGUUUAAAAAUUUUAUGACAUUUUGUCCGACUAGAGAGGUACUGUUUCAUUAACUGUAUAGUUAAUAACAUACAAAUAUCUCUCGAAACGUUUCUUUUACAAUUAGUAUAGAUGUGAAUUUUAAGGCCGUGUUUUUGAUUCUUUUAAAAUUAUUUUUCGUAUUUUAAUUGAAUGUUACAAAUGUUUUAUUGUCAGAAACAUGCCCUUAUUGUGUUUAUUUAUUUACCUUUUUAAAUUGUAUAGACGCCCUUAUAAUAAUUUGUAGUUUUUAUAACAUUUUUAUUACCCGUGUUUAUGGAAAGGCUGACUAUUGCCAAUGUUUAAUUUCUAUUUUCUUGGAAAUCUAUAAAUCUAAAUUCUCAAUUUAUGAAACUGCUUUUGAAAAUGAAAGUGUUUCUUAAUUCUAUAUUUUCAUAAUUAUUGAUCUUUUUAUAUUCUCCAAUUGCUUUCUUUUUACUAAAUUAACAGCUUAUGUGGUCAGCUUUGAAAUUUAAUAUUUACUGAAUGAAAUUAUAUGUUUAUUAAUAUUUCUAUAAUAAAAGGAAAUUUUUUAAUGAUUCUC